UGUAAUCAUGGAGAAUAGACCCAGGAGUGUAACUGGCUCUGAGUCCUCAGAGACAGUGAAGCCUCAAGCACCAGCUGGUAUCACAUCGCCGAGGCCUGUGGCUGAGGAACCUUUGGAAGAUGCCGACAGAGCUGCUUCACAGAUGUUAUCAACCAGAGGACCAUGGGACUCAGUAACAGCGGCCACUGAUGAAAAGGCCUUGGAGACGAUACACAGGGAACAAAAUAACCUGGUCAAAUUACUUCAAAACAAUGCUGGAAAGGUCUUGGACGAGUUGUUCUUCCAGUUGGUGAUCACACAGCAGGACUACCAUCGAAUCAACAAAGGAAAGGAUGCAGAGGACAAAAUAAGAAUAUUGUUGGAUAUGAUCCAGCGGAAGGGGGAAGUGACCUGUAAGCAAUUUCUGGAGAGUUUACAAAGCCUGUUUCCUGAUUUCCAACAGCACAUACAAUACUCAGGACAGGGUUCUUUCAAUCUGCGGAAAGAAGAAGAGACUCAGCAUAUCCCAGAGACAGUGGAAAAGGACUUCCAAAAAGAGAGAAGAAAAGCAUUACAAAAUGUCCUGUCCAAGUUAGGGAUGGAGCAGCACAUAAGCCAGAAGCUCCGGCUGAAGGAUAUUCUGCAGAUCAGCCCAGAAAAUGUAAAGAGCUGGACUCCUGAGUCAUUAGGAGAUUUACCUUGGUAUUUCCUAAGAAAGAUAAUGGCUUUAAAUGGGAUGGCCAGAAAUACAAGCCUUAACUACACGGCACCUGGUUAUCAACAAAGCAGUGAAGAUGAGCAAGAGCUGAAUACUGAUGAAAGUAUUUCUUGUCUUAGUGAUGCUAAUGCUGUGAAUCCACUUGAUGUUCUGUGUGCUGUUCUGCUUUGCUCAGACAGUUUCCUACAGCAGGAGAUCCUGUCCAAAAUGUCCAUGUGCCAGUUUGCCCUCCCUCUCCUGCUGCCUGCCCUUGACCCCAAGUGUACCCUACUGCUGUGGGCCAUGAGGGACAUUGUGAGGAAGUGGAGGCCGCACUCCCUGGCAGAGAGCAGAGGGUUCAGAGAGGAGAGCCUGGUGCUCACGGCAAUGCCAACCAUUUCCUUUGUGCGUUUGGGCAGCUGUAGCUUCUCCAAGUCCAAAUUCCUCAAUGAGGUACUCAGCCCCUCCCAGCAGCACCACGAUUUCUUUGUCCAUCGGGACAUGGAGUCUGGGCAUGUCCUUCGAAAUAUCUCUGAUGGGUUGGUAGAAAUAUCCUGGUAUUUUUCUGGGAGGGGGAAUCUGGAUCUUUUCCCAGAGCCCGUUGCAGCUAAUUUGCACGGAGACAUUGAGUCACACUGGCUGCAAUUCAGCUUUUUAACAAAUGUCUCCUCUUCCGUGUUUAUAUUUGUUGAAAGCAUCAGUGAAAAAAACUACUUACUUUUAUCAUCUCUAAAGGAAUCAGCAAUGAAAUAUUAUUUCAUCUUUAACGUUCCAACUGGGAAAUCCAGUGAAACACAGAUAUUCUGUGAUAAAUUAAUCUCAGAGUUGAAACUGAACAAAUCACAGUUAUUGGUGAAAGACAGCAGCAAAAAUAAGGCCAAAUUUGUAAAAAGGCUACAAUUGCUUUUAGGAUGUAUAAUGAAAUCUUCUGCCAAGAGAAUAAAUAUAGAGGAUAUGGCUGUUAUUGCACAUGAACUAGGAAUCCAGGUAGAUGAAGACUGUAAGGCAAGUCAAACAGGAAGCGAGUGGGCUAAAGAAAUCACUGCAGAAAUAAAAGACAUAGGAAAGUACAAGAAAGAAAUGUUGAGACUCCAAGGGGAUCCAUGGAAAAAAUUGGCUAAAGUGGAAAAAGAGCUGUGCCGAAUGAGAAGGCAAGGGGACAUCCCUUCUGAGAAAUAUAGAUCUCAGCUGAAAGAGGAAUUAUCAGAGUUACGUGCUCAGCAGAAUAAGUGUGAUCUUACUGAUGGUUUGAAUAAAUUUAUCAUGGGACUAAAUCAACUAGCUCCACUGGAAAAAAACUUCUUCCUGAAAUGGAUUAAGUUUAGACUGGAUUGCAUUGCUAGGAAUAAUCUCUCUGAAUUGCGCGAUCAAUAUAAAGAAAAUAACACUUCAGGUGAUGACCAAAAGUUAUCAGAACUAGAUGAAUUAAUAUCAGUCAGUUCCUUAGGACUUGAGCAUUUCAUGCGUGAGUUGGCACAGUUUUAUGAGGCUGAAUGCUCAAUGAUGGAGCAAGGCAAAGUCGCAAAAAGCAAAAGACAAUUCACCCAUCUCCCAGGCAUAGCAGCUGACCUGAUGCUGGAAGGGUUUCCCAUGGAGCUGAUCGAUGGAGAUGCAUCCAACAUCCCACUGCAGUGGGUGACAGAUGUGCUGACUGAGCUCCAUGCCAAGCUGGGGGGAAGGUCCAGAAUGGUGGUUCUGACGGUGCUGGGAGUGCAGAGCACUGGGAAAUCCACCCUCCUCAACACCAUGUUCGGCCUGCAGUUUGCAGUGAGCAGUGGCCGAUGUACGCGAGGAGCCUUCAUGUCACUCAUUAAAGUGGCAGAGAACUUUCAGCAGGACCUGGGCUGUGAUUUCAUCCUGGUGAUAGACACGGAAGGCUUGAAAGCCCCCGAACUGGCCAGGCUGGAGGAUAGUUAUCAACAUGACAAUGAGCUGGCCACACUGGUGAUUGGACUGAGUGACAUCACCAUCGUUAACAUGGCCAUGGAGAAUGCCACAGAAAUGAAGGAUGUUCUGCAAAUAGUGGUCCAUGCCUUCCUCAGAAUGGGGGAAAUUGGGCAAAAGCACAACUGCCACUUUAUCCAUCAGAAUGUCAGUGAUGUGUCUGCACAUGACCAAAACAUGAGGGACAGGAAACGCCUCCUGGAGCAGCUGAAUGAAAUGACCAAAGCUGCAGCAAGGAUGGAAAAAAAAAGCAAGGAAAUAAAAUUUUCAGACAUUAUGGACUAUGAUCCAGAGAAACACGAUUGGUACAUUCCUGGACUGUGGCAUGGAGUCCCUCCCAUGGCUUCUGUGAAUAUGGGAUACAGUGAGAGUGUGUGUGACCUAAAGAAAUCCCUGUUUGAACUUAUGAGAAGCCGUUCAAUUAAGAGAACACCUAAGGAGAUUCCCCAGAUCAUUGAAUGGGUGAGGAGCCUGUGGAAUGCUGUAAAGCAUGAGAACUUUAUUUUCAGUUUCAGAAAUAGCCUUGUAGCAGAAGCCUAUAAUCAGCUGUCUGUGCACUAUUCAAAGUGGGAAUGGGAUUUCCGCAAGAAGAUGCAUCUCUGGGUAGCUCAACAAGAAACUGCUAUUCAGAAUAGUUCUCCACAUGAAUUAGAUACAGGUAAAAUAAAAUAUGAGUUGCAAAAGAAACUGGUGGAUGGUGAAAAGAGGAUUUUGGAUUGCUUACAAAAUUAUUUUGAUAGUGCGGCAGCUAAUCUUCACUUAAUUGAAAAGUACAAGGAAGAUUUUAUCAGGAGUGCAAAAGGCCUGAAGAAAGAACUUGAUAGUUAUUCAUUCAGUAAGUGUGAGGAUGCAACUCAAAUUCAAAAAGGCCGGUACAUGAUAAAAAAUAUCCAAAUUGAGUACAUGAAGAAAAUAGAAGAGAAAGUUGACCAACUUUUGAUAGAAUGCUGGAAAAGAAAAGAAAAAUUAAAUAAUAAGAAUCUGGAAUCUGAAUUUGAAAAAAUGUGGAGAAAAACAUUGUCAGAAUUAUCAUUCACUCCUUUACAUACACGACUAAUUUAUGAAGAUAUGGAGUUCCAAUUGAGAAAGGACUUAGAGAAUCGAGGGAGUGAGGUCAAUCAAAAGCUACAAGAAGCAGGAAGCCUUCGGGAUUAUGGAAUAAAAUCUGUCACCAGUGAAAAUGAGUACUUUGUCUUUAAAUUUUUCAAAGGCAAAUCAUUAGUCACAGCCAUCAAAGAGUGGUUCAGACCACAACUUCCAUGUAACACAGAUGAACUUACUAAAUCAUUAGUGGACAAGUGCCAGAGUUACACGGAGAAAAAGAUAAAGUCCAAAACAGACUACGAUGAAACUUUUUGCAGAGAACUGCAUAUAAUCAAUGAGAAACUCCAACAAUGUGAUCUGCACAAACUUCACAUCAGUGCUUUCUUUGAAGUCAAUCUAAAAUUUCACAUUUUGGGGGAGGCGGCUUGUGCAUUUCAGAAGAUGCACGAGGAUUUUAUCAAGGAAAAUGACCCUCAGCAACAUCUGGAGAGACUGAAACCUCAGUAUUUCUCCACCUUUAGAGACCUUUACUUGGAGAAGGAUACCUGCCAAGAGAGAGCUAAGGAUUUCUGUGAUCAGUGUCUGAGACCUGCCCUGGUGGAGUAUGUGAACAAGAGACUGGGAAUAGAAAUAGUGGAUGACUUUCUCAGGAAGGGACAAUCCUUAGAAUAUGGCAGCCGGAGUUUUUUCCAGUUUGCUGUGCAGAAGAAGCUGCUGGAGGAGAUGAAUUUUGACAACUAUGUGAAAUAUAUUAACAACUAUGAAGAGUUUGUCAAGACCUGGAUACUGAGACACCUGCUAGAUCACUACAAAGAGAGUGAGGGUUUGAGAGUUAUGGAGGAACAGAUUUUAACUACAGUUAUAAACAAAGUCAACAAGGCUCUGGAAAACUGCAAAUAUAAAAAAACAAACACAGUCUCUGCCUUCUUAGACAACUUUUGCAGCGUGCUGCAGCAGGACCUAGUCAUUUCCAGGGACAGUUUAGCUGGGCUCAGACUUAAAAUCACAGCAAAUGCUGAACAGUUUUCUGCAUAUAUUGAAACCUUUCUUCCUAAUCUGAAGGAACUAAUUUUAUCUGAAUUUAAAAAGCUAGAAAUUCUGUCAGUACUCUCCAAUCUAUCAGUGAAACCUGAGGAUGAAAUCUUCAAGCGAGUGUUUGGCUGUGGGAAGCAGUGUCCAUUCUGUAAGGUCCCCUGUGAAGCAGGAGCUCCUGCGCACAAGGAGCAUUUUGCAUCAGUGCACCGCCUCAAGGAUUAGGGGAAUACCGAGAUUGAAACAAAGAUACUUUGCUAUGAUAUAUGCUCUUCUGCAGUGGUUUCCAAUGACUCAUUUAGAUGUUCAGAGACAAAAUGGAAACCUCAUCCUUAUAAAGAUUAUCUCAAUUUUUUCCCAGACUGGCGCAUCCAGCCAGAUCCCAGCAUCACGGCUUCCGAUUACUGGAAGUUUGUUUUCAAGGAAUUCAAUCACCAGUUUGCUAAGGAGUUUGAUGCUCUCCCUGCCGAUCUCCCUGAGGACUGGGGUGAAAUAACCAAAGAGCAGGCACUGCAGGGCCUAAAGGAAGUGUUUACAUUGAAGGCAAGGACAGGCUGAGAAACUCUGUUGUGAGCAGAAAGUUACAGAAGUUAAUUUUCUUUAAAUGUGGCAUGUGAAAAAAUUCCCAUAUCUUCUAAAUACGUACUUUUGUUUCUCUGAGAAAAUCAGACACAGUUUGCAGCUUCCAAUGCUUUUUCACAUAACAAUGUAUGGCACAAUUCAAGAUGAGAGAAAGACCCAAAUGUGGAGUUUCUGCAUGUUUGUCGUAAGGACCAGAUGACCACAAUCCCAAUGCUGUUCCCACCACUGCAUUUGGUCGUGCAGUGGUACCAUCCAGUGACCUGCAAACCUUUCCUAGAUGAGUGUUUUCUCCAAAAAAAGGACCCGAAUACCAACCAUCCACUUCUGCUACUUAAAGCAUCAAUAUCCUGUGAUUUUGUGGCUAAUCUGACAUCAAACAGCCUGGCCCUGUUGCUUGCCUUCCAUGAAGAAACACAUGGGAGGGGGAAAGCACUUCAGAAACACCAAGGAGAGCGGUUUUCAGCUAAACAUAAUGGGGAAGGGAGGCAUGCAGCCAGCAAACCCAAUCGACCCUGAGGAUUCAAAGGGAAUCCCCACAAACCCAAGAGACUCUGAGGCUCCAAGGGAAACCCACCCUAUACCUGUGAACAGUCUUUCCCUCUGCCCUGCUGUCUGCCCUGCACACCCCUCUCACCCAGGGCAGUAAGGCUGAGAAGCCAUGGUGCUAGUAGCUUCUCCCCCUGUGAUUGCCUGCCACCCUCUGCAUGGGGGGUGCUGUGGGGAGCAGCCAGGGAAAGCAGUUCGUGCUGCUAAGCAAUCUGUGGUCCCAGGUGGAAUGUCACCUACUGCCAUUUUGGCUGAUACCUAGUGCCCGGCGAGGAUACAAAAAUGUAUCCACAUCCAAUUUGUGAUCUGCAAAAAUUGUCUGCGGUUACCCGCAUCUGCAGAUAUCUGUGGUUUUGCAGGGCUCUAGACUGCUCCACAGCUCACUGCACAGCAGUGACGCAGGGCUGUGCCAAGCCCCCAGCUACCUCCCACUUCUCCCCAGAGACCACCUGCCCCACAGCCUGCUCCACCCCCACUGCACCUCCUUCCCCGCUCUGGGUAGGAAGGCAACAAUCCUGGGCCUUCGUGUUCAGUGCCACCCGCCCAGUGGUGGGGCUCGGACACCCCUAUGCAGCUGAGGCGGCUGUAAUGCACGCAGACCCGGCCCAGACAUAGAGCGGUGACCACUGCUCUCUUCACAGCAUGCGCCCUUGCCGCCCACUAGUUUGAAUUACAACCACACCUCUUUCAAAAUGGUGCUUGGCUCACUCCCUUCUGGGAGUUGUAGUUUACCUUCUCCCUUCAAGAAAGCUGGGGACUACAGCUCCCAGAAUCCCCAGAGGGCUGUCCCCACUGUUGCAUAAUUCAAAGAGGCGAGCUGGAGCCUGUGGGCUGGGUGACAGCCACUCCGUUCGGGUGAUUGUGU